AUGAAGCAGAUUGCCGCAACCGACUACGCGACUGCCUGCCUCUUUCACAAUUGCGAUGUGCUGGUGCUCCACAAUGAUGCCGCCCAUCGUGUGACGUUCCCGUUCAAUCGCUUCCGCGCUGACCUCGCGAUGAAUGCCUACGGGCCGCAUAGGCCACAGCAAGAGCGUGCAAAGCCGAUCAUCACCAAGAUCACCAGCUCCGGAACAACCUUCGUGGCCACGUCGGACAUGGGAGAUCUCUUCACAUUCUCGAUCGAUCAACCAUCCGAUUCAGUGAGGGACGUCACGAUCGCGUCGGAUGGCUCUGCGAUUCUUUGCACGGAAUUAGGACAUGUCUUCGUCCGAGCAAAGCGGUCAGAGGGCGGCGGUGGUGCACAGACCUCCAAGUAUACCCCGAACAUUGGCGGCAAAGGAGUCAGAAAAGGUGGCUUCAAGUUCUACCAGAUACCUCAUCUCCAACGAGUUGUGAAAGUGGCCAUGAACGCGAGUGGCGGCUUCUGCGCGAUACGAUCCGACGCUAUCGGCAAAGAGAUCAAAGCCCGUGGCGGGUCGCUCGAAGAAGCUCUGCAAAGUCAAUUACCCCACCUUCGCACCUACAGCCUGCAGGACUCGGAUCAAGGCAUCAGCAUCUCUGUCGGCAUCAUGAACGUGAUGACGCCAGUGCCAGAGGUUGAGGAACAGUCGGACACGGAUGACGGGGAGGAUGAACGCGCUUCCAGCCUCCGAUACGUGCGCAUUGCACAACUCAUCGGAGAAUCUGUCCGCCGCCGCGUGCCGGUGCUGGCCAAAGCUCUGGAGACACCAGGAACCAAAGGCAUCCUUCCACCAGGCGUCGGCGGCAAGCAAGCAGCUCCAGGAAUAGUCACUCUGACACUCCCGAGCUGCAGUUUCCACACGACACUCUUCCUGCUGCACUACCUCUACGCCGAUGACUUGCCUCCUGUCUGGACCGCUUCGAUCGGGAUGCAGGUAGAACGCUCGUACAGCGCGCUGCGCAUCGAUCGCGAGACCGUUCGGAACCAGCGUCAGACGCUAGCUGCUUUGCUGCAGCUCUCCGCCCUUGCCCCGUCCCUCGAAUCGCCUGUUCCGCGUCCCCCAACUCUCACUCUUCGGCGAGACAUGGAAAGCGCCUUCGAAAAGUACGUCAGCUCGCCAGAUGCGGGUGCCGACAUCUAUGACGUCGAGCUCCGCUUUAAAAGAUCGGACCGUACCAGCUCACUCGGUGAUCCUGCGUCGGUCCCCUUUGUUCACCUCGGCGCUGAACCCCCCCCCUUCUCUUCCGGCCGGUGGAAAGGCGGCUUGCUCGAGAUCGACAUGACGAACAUGCAGUGGACAAUCAUGCAGGUCGUGCUGCGGUAUCUGUACGCCAACUCUGGCGUCGCAGUGUUCAAAGGGUGCAACCAGGGCGUCGCGCAAGAAGACUUCAUCGAUGAUAUCGUGGAGGUCCUUGCCGCUGUCGAUCAUCUUCUCCUCGAGAAGCUCUCUCUCUGA